CCAUUUAUUAGAUUAAGAAAGAAGGUUCUAGAGAAAAAAAAAAAAGGGUGCAGAAAAUCAGGGUAGUGGAAUCAUCUUAUUCAUUAGGGUUUCACAGUGUUGUUGUUUAUCGAAUCGAAUAUUGUAGAAAUCGAUUAUUCUUCUUCUUCUUCUUCGUGAGAAAUUGAUUUUUUUUGGAAGAGAAAGCCAUGUCUGGUGGUAUUGCUCGUGGACGCCUCGCCGAGGAGAGAAAGUCAUGGCGGAAGAACCAUCCCCAUGGUUUCGUUGCCAAGCCCGAGACGCAACCUGAUGGCACCGUCAAUAUGAUGGUCUGGCAUUGCACUAUUCCUGGCAAAACUGGGACUGAUUGGGAAAAUGGGUAUUACCCCCUGACGAUGCACUUCAGUGAAGACUACCCUAGCAAGCCUCCAAAGUGCAAGUUCCCUCAGGGUUUCUUCCACCCUAAUGUAUAUCCAUCUGGAACUGUUUGCUUGUCCAUACUUAAUGAGGAUAGUGGGUGGAGACCAGCUAUAACUGUGAAGCAAAUUCUAGUGGGCAUCCAAGACCUGCUUGAUCAGCCAAAUCCUGCUGACCCUGCCCAGACAGAAGGCUAUCAUCUAUUCAUCCAGGAUGCAACAGAGUAUAAGAGAAGGGUCCGGCAGCAGGCAAAGCAAUACCCACCUCUUGUCUAGUGCUAUAUCUGUUCACUUUAGGAACUAUUCUAGUGUGGUAGAUUUUGCCUGCUAUUUCUUGUGUUGAAAUUGUUAUGCUAUUGUUGGCUGCCAAAAUAUGCAGACUCCGUGGUUGGUUUUAACUAUUUCUACUUGCUCUCAGGUCUGGAUAACAUGUUAAUAUAUAACAAUGUGAAGUCAACCAAUAAUACUUAUUGGUGACAAUUGCUGUGUCUGGUUCGCUGGUACAUUUCCUAUUUAAAUGGAUAGCUAUAUGACAUUAUGGCUUCUGAGUU